AUGAAAGUUCAACUGGAUAUCAAGAUGGAGGACAACGAAUUAGAGGAUCUAUUGAAAGAAAGACUCAAUUUAAACAAUAUAGCAUUUGUUGAGAAUAGAAAUGGAUAUAUUAGCGAAGGAAAGGUGUUUCAAACGGAAGAUGGAAGCAGAAUCUUUGUCAAGGUAAACCGGAAGCAAGGGGCACGACUAAUGUUCGAAGGAGAAGUUGCUAGUUUGGAAGCACUGAAAAACACAAAUGAAAUUCGAGUGCCGAACCCAAUUAAAAUCAUGAACAUUCCGACUGGAGGUUCUGCACUAGUUAUGGAGUUUCUUGACAUCACUGAGCUUUCGAACCAGCAGGCAGCUCUUGGAGAGAAAUUAGCACGGUUACACCUGCACAAUGACAGAUUACGACGUCGGGCCAAGGCAACCGAAUGUACAGUAGGGGAAUACGAACGAAGUCCGAUAGCCGUAGAGAAGUUUGGAUUCGACAUGGCAACCUGUGUCGGCUUUCUGCCUCAACCUGUUUCUUGGUCGGAAAACUGGACGACCUACUUUUCCAAUUUACUGGACUAUCGGAUUGGAUUAAUUGAAAAGCAAGCUUCAUCGCCUGUUGAUACAGUAAAUGCACACAAAAUGCGCGAACUAUGGACAGAGAUUCUGCUUCUUUUGCCCGGACACUUUCGGAAUAUCGACAUCAAACCUUCUUUACUACAUGGUGACCUCCAUGUUUUCAACUCUGGGGAAACCAAACAUGAUGGACCAGUAAUAUUCGAUCCAGCUUCCUUUUAUGGUCAUUCAGAGAUUGAUCUUUCCGUGGGAUUUGUUUAUCCUGGAUUCAACCAGCAGUUCUAUGAUGCUUACUUUAAGUUAAUACCCAAGGCACCCGGAUUUGAAGGCAGACUGGACCUCUAUAUGUUAAAUCAGAUAUUGAACUAUUGGAAUCAUUUCGGUCCUAAACAGUGCCGCCAACGAACUAUUGAUUUGAUGAAGAAAAUUACAGACACUAAACCACAAUGA